UUAACUCGCAGAACAUUCGAAGACUCGGGUGGAAACACACCUCAGCAGUUGCAGCCUUACAACCAAACCCACGAAUAUAUUCUCAAGAUUUUCUAUAAUCCGAAGUGAUAUAAGAUUAUAUUCAUGUGAGUAAAAUAUUGUGGUAACAUUAACCUACAGUAAGUGACAGAGAGUAUUCUCGACGAUAGCCAUAACAUUCAACUAGGAGGAAACACCAAACCGAUUAGCACAGCAGAAAAUUCAAGCAACUACCACAACACCAGAGGGUAACAGGCUAUAUGUUUCCCUUACCACUGAAUGAUAUCCAUGUUCAUGACAACUUUCACCAGUCCAAGGAUGACACCUUUGUCUACAAUGAACCUCUUCACAACCACAUGCAGCGUCAUCCACAGGUGUCAGAUCCAGACCAUAUCUUGAAAAUAACUGACCCCUACCACAUCAAACCUGAGCCUGGGGAAGAUGACGAUGUCAGCCGGAACAGCAAGACACGGCUGGUAGCUCACAAGACUGAUGAAACGUCAGAGAAUGAGCGACAACAGUGGUCACGCCCCAUAGAGUUCUUGCUCUCUUGCAUCUCCAUGUCAGUGGGUCUAGGGAAUGUCUGGAGAUUCCCAAUGACCGCCUAUGAGAAUGGUGGCGGUGCUUUCCUCAUCCCCUACCUAGUUGUUCUUAUCUUCAUUGGCAGGCCGCUGUAUUUUAUGGAGUUGGCGUUGGGUCAGUUCUCUUCGUCCGGCAGCGUGAAGGUGUGGAAGAUGGUGCCAGCGGUAAAAGGUCUUGGAUAUGGCCAGAUGGUUGCUACGUGGUCUGUUGUCACUUACUAUUGCUCAUUGAUGGCACUGACAGUAUUCUACCUAACCCAGUCAUUCAGUGCGGUGCUUCCCUGGACCUACUGUGACCCUGCCUGGGCUGACCUCAACUGUGUUGAUGCCGCCUCUAACCGAACCUUCACCAACGAAUCUCAGUCUUCUUCUGAACAAUAUUUCCUUAACUAUGUGUUACACCGCACAGACAACAUCGAUGAAGGGAUUGGUGUGCCAGACUGGCGACAGGCACUGUGUUUGCUACUGUCCUGGAGCAUCCUCUUCGUCACCCUCAUCAGAGGUGUCCAGUCAUCAGGCAAGGUGGCAUACUUUACGGCACUCUUCCCCUACCUGGUGCUGUUGACGCUGCUCGCCCGUGGGGCAUCACUCCCAGGUGCUGCUGCUGGUGUCUUGUACUUCAUAAAACCUCAGUGGAGAAAGCUCCUUGACCCUAACGUGUGGUAUGCAGCGGUGACUCAGUCCUUCUUCAGUCUUUCAGUCGGCUUUGGCUCCGUUAUCACCUUUUCAUCUUACAAUGACUUCAAACACAACAUCUACAGGGAUGCGUGGAUCAUCAGCUUGGUUGACACCCUCACGUCAAUGCUGGCAGGGGUGACCAUUUUCAGCAUCUUGGGUAGCCUUGCUCAUGAGCUGGGUACUGAUGUUAAGGAUGUGGUAAGGGGUGGUUCUGGCCUCGCCUUUAUCUCGUAUCCUGAAGCUCUCGGCAAAUUUGACUGGGCCCCACAGGUGUUUGCAGUAUUAUUCUUCUUGAUGAUGUUUACGUUGGGUCUAGGAACGGCAUCAGCACUCACUGGCAACAUCAUUACCAUCAUCUGUGACCAGUUUCCUUCCUGGAGAAAAGCCUAUGUCACUCUUGGAAUUUGCAUCAUUAGUUUCCUGGUUGGCCUUGUCUACGUGACACCAGGUGGCCAGUGGAUCUUGGACCUGGUGGAUUACUUUGGUGGCGGCUUUGUCAUCUAUGUUCUUGUAAUCAUAGAAACUAUAGCAGUCCACUAUAUCUAUGGUGUCAACAACUUCUUGCAUGAUGUUAAGUUUAUGCUAGGUAAGGACUUAGGCAUAUACUGGAGGUUUUGCUGGUCCUUUUUCAUCCCCUUCAGUCUCGCUGCCAUCCUCAUCUAUAUCCUCACUGACCUUCAGCUUCCCACCUUUGAAGGGCAGGAGUAUCCCCAGAUAGCUUACACGUGUGGAUGGAUUCUAUCUGGAGUGGCGCUUGUCAUGGUGCCCGUCUGGUUCUGUCAAGCUGUUUAUAUCACUGAUGGAGAGACUUUCUCUGAGAAAAUGAAAGCUGUGUUUGUUGCAAAGACUGGCUGGGGGCCCAGGAAGGCUUACCACAAGGAUGGAUGGCUUAUAAUGAAGGAGACAUUGCAGUCACAAGAAGAUAAAAUUCUGCGGAAUGAUAUUUCUGACACUAGGACAGUGUGAAGUGGAAAUAUAGAAAAUGCGUAACUUUGAAAAAAAUCUCGUAAAUAAUGGCAAAACAUUUCCAUAAUGUACAGUGUAUGACUGUCAUUGAGGAACCUAGUGAUAGUGAAUGAUUAUUCAGUAUUAGUUAUCUGAUAAUAUGUUUAAUGUGCUUAUUCAGUUCUUAUCAGUAAAAUUGUGAUUGUUUAAAAUACGGAUUUGGAAUGAAACAUAAAUUUUAUACACCAUUGAUGUAGAUAUUAAUAUUUGAUACAUAUUAUUUAUGUACUGUACGUACUGUAUUUUAUAAAAUAUAUAUAUAUAUAAGGCAGAAACAAGUUCUGAUCAGAGAAUCAAGAACCAUAUUCUUAUUAUUUGACAGUGAAGCUGCAUCCAGUCAGAAUAUAUUUUUUCACAGUGUUUGUUGUACACUAGUCUAUGUAAAUAUUGUACAGUAAAACUUUUGUCAA